AUGACGCAGCGGAGAGUCCGGGUGUCCACCGAGAGUCCCAGCUACGCCGUCUGUGUGGUGGGCACGGAGGUCUCUGUAGACAUCUAUGGAUCCAUCCCAAGCGGUGCCACGUCAUUUGAUGCCCGUGGUACCUCUGGAGUGAAGGUCUAUGUUGUCUACAAGCCUAAUGCUGUGAAGAAACCUGCUGGUGCAUCGAGAUGGACCCUGAAUUCUCAGGUGGAGGUCACAGUGUCCAUGGACAUCCCGAGCAGUACUGUCAAUGAUAGCAAGGUUAGGAUUUCGUACUAUGGACAGAAAGAGAAUGCACCUAUAGAGGGGGCUUGGUUAUACCUCACCUGUGUCAAUGUCUCUCUGGACACCGACACGGACCGCAGCGGGAUGGUGAAGAGCAAUGGAAUCAACAAGACAAAAUGGACGUGGGGCCCUGAUGGGCAGGGAGCCGUGCUGCUAGUGAACUGUGACAGGGACAGCCCGGGUGCCAAGGAGAUGGACAGUGCUUACCAGUAUGUGCAGUCCUAUGCAGAUCUUGAAGACAUGUCACUUAUGAUCCUGAGAAGCCAAGGCCCCAGUGCCAUCUUUGCUGACUACAAGUUGGUUCUUCACGUUUCUGUGGCCGAUGUGGAUAAAGUGAGAGUUUUCCAUGCCAGUGGCAGUGGCUCACUCGCCCAGUACGAGCAUGUGCUGGGGUCGGAUAAACGCUCCUACGUAGUGGACCGUUCCAGCGGACAAGAGGAGGACACCUUCUACGUGGAGGGAUUGGCCUUCCCGGACGCUGACUUCUCAGGGCUGGUUUCCUUCCACGUCACGCUGCUGGAGGUCUCCGAUAAGAAUGCACCAGACACCCCCGUUUUCACAGAUACCGUGGUCUUCCGGGUGGCCCCGUGGAUAAUGACGCCCAACACCCUGCAGCCUUUGGAGGUUUUUGUCUGCAGCAUUGAGAGAGGCUCAAACCCUAAUGGGGACUUUUUGGAGGCUAUGAGAGCCCUGGUGAGGAAAGCCAACUGCAAGCUGACCGUCUGCCCUGAGGUCGAAAACCGGCGCGACCGCUGGAUCCAGGACGAGAUGGAGUUUGGCUACGUGGAGGCUCCCCACAAGAUGUUCCCCGUGGUCUUCGACUCCCCCCGGGACAGAGGCCUGAGGGAUUUUGCCUUUAGAAGGAUUCUGGGCCCUGAUUUUGGCUACGUGACCCGAGUACCUUCUCACGGACACGUCUCCAACCUCGACUCCUUUGGCAAUCUGGAUGUCAGCCCUCCGGUGACUGUCCAAGGGAAGACGUACCCGCUGGGAAGGAUCCUCAUCGGAAGCAGCUUGCCCAGGUCGGGCGGCUGGAGGAUGACAAAGGCCAUCAGGGACUUUCUCUAUGCCCAGAAGGUGCAGCCCCCCGUGGAGCUCUACUCUGACUGGCUGAGUGUGGGUCACGUCGACGAAUUCCUGAGCUUUGUCCCAGCCCCCGAUAGGAAGGGUUUCCGGCUGCUCUUGGCCAGCACUGAUGCCUGCUACAAGCUGUUCAAGGAGAAACAAAGAGAGGGGUAUGGCAAUGCGGCCCAGUUUGCCGGGCUGGAGAACGUGCAGACCAUAACAAUAGACGAGAUGCUGGCUGAUAAGACCCUGAGGAGUGACAGUCAAUACGUGCAGAGUUGCAUUGACUGGAAUCGACAUACCCUUAAGGAGGAGCUGGGACUGACUGAGCAAGACAUCAUUGAUAUCCCUCAGCUGUUUGUGCUGAACGGUUCUCGAGCGGACGCUUUCUUCCCAGACAUGGUGAACAUGAUCGUCUUGGGGAAACACCUGGGCAUCCCGAAGCCGUUUGGGCCAAUCGUCGACGGGCGCUGCUGCCUGGAAGAGAACGUUCGCUCCCUGCUGGAGCCGCUGGGCCUGGUCUGCAUCUUCAUCAAUGACUUUUUCUCCUACCACACUCUACUAGGGGAGAUCCAUUGCGGCACCAACGUCCUCAGGAAACCCUUCUCCUUCAAGUGGUGGAACAUGAUGCUCUGA